AUGAAGCUGAAAGAAUUUACUGACUUGGAAAAAGAGUUUAGAGAUAGCGUCCAAGACCAAGUAGAUCUAAAAAGAGAACUUUCUGUAGCUAAUGAAAAAUUAAGUAAAUAUGAAUCUCAGUUAAUAACACGUGACUGGAUAAUUUCUCGGGAUGAAAUUGAAAUUAUGUUUGAUAACUGCCUAGGAGAUGGAGGAUACGGAAAAGUUUUUAGAGGCAGAUAUCGUGGUUUUGUUGUUGCCGUAAAAACACUUAAGGACUUUAGUUUAAAAGAUGGAGGACGUGAUUUGUUUGAACGGGAAAUGGACAUCGCUUCAAGGUGCCGUCAUCCAUGCUUGUUGCAAUUCAUUGGUGCAACUCAAGAAGAAAAGCCUUUGUUUGUCACAGAGCUGAUGGAAUUAAGUUUACGAAAACUGUUAAAAGAACGGCCGCUGUCCGAAAAGGAAAUCGUUGUCAUUUCUGUGGACGUGGCUCACGCCCUUAAUUACCUUCAUAACAGAAAAAUUGUCCAUCGUGACGUCAGUAGUGCUAAUGUGUUGCUCUGGAAACAAAAUGACCAGUGGCGAGGCAAACUGGGAGAUUAUGGCACUGUUAAAUUCUUGCAAGAGAUAAUGACAAAGUCUCCCGGAGCUAUGAUUUACAGCGCCCCUGAAGCAGGAAGUCCUUUUAACCAAACAGUUAAGGUUAGUGUUGCAGAUUAACUUGCUGAUAGAAAUACCUGUCACACAGCAGAGUGAUUUCACUUCUUGGUCCAAACUUAAAAUAUUAAAUGAACAGCUCAUCAAUCAACUUCUACUUACACGUGGAUAGUUACCGAGUAUCACUGAGUCUGCACAGUCCUUCAAAGGGAUGUCUGUUUUUAAGGUUCCUCUGAAACAAAGGUCAGUAAACUAACUGCUCUGAAAGUGAAGAAAGGAUGCAUCUACCUUUACCCCCUCCUUGUAGAUACGGGAAAUUCGCGACUAUAAAAAAAAAAUUAAAAGCUUACAAAAUCUUGCCAUCGAGAUUUCCCUGAAUGUCUUCACCUCAUUACUUGAAAAUGACUUCUUGCCCAUAGAAUUUUUUCUUAGAAUGGAGAGAAUCAUUGAAGGAAGUCAUUUAUGAAAGGAAAUCAAGCAGUUACCCUCCAUUUUAAAAGAGAGUAUACUUCAGGCGAAGUUAUCUUAGCUUGUGCGCGUGACGCGACGUUUCAGAGGGGAUUACCUGCAAUAAAGGGCACAAAAACAAUAAGCUAUGACAGCAAUGUUUGCGCUUUUUGCGCGCAUCCUCACAGACUUCAAUUUUUGUCGUAUUGUCACUUCAAGUAGCCUUCUAGCGCUUGCAGUUGACAGUGAACGUUUGGAACCACGAUCGGUUUACCUCUUGUGUCGACAUCCUGAUCUAAAUGUGUCGAAAAUAAAUGUAAUGUACACCUGGUGCGCAACACCAGGGCCAAAUUAGACGCACUCGAAAAUAUCAUGUAGGAUAAAUUGCUGAACAUAGAUUUUAAUUCGAAUGAAAAGUUGGCCUUUCUACCCUUUGUUACUUACUUUUUUAAAGAAAUUUCACGUUUUCAUUUUUUUCUUUAAGACCUUACCUACGGGAUUUAAACCUAGUUAACGCUUAAAAAAAUGGGAGAGAAAAAAAAAUUGAAAAGUCACCAAACUGCAAAAUCUACACUCUUAGAAAAGCAAGGGUAGUUUUCGGUCUGCAAGCAAAGUUUGGAAUAGUUUUCGGUUCUUUUUGUUUCAAUGGUGACCAAGAAUCAUCGCUUGACCACGUUUUUUUGCAAGUUGUGCAACGACGAAUGGGUUACGGAAAAUACUGAGAAUACCAUAUCAUUUAAAUGGAAAAGGUAAAACAUGUUUUUUUUUCGGUUUAGAUUGAUGUUUACAGUUUUGGCGUCCUCUUCUGUGAAAUGUUUACAAGGAAAAUUCCAGUUUUUGAUGAACGUAAAAAACACGUUGACCUUGUCCCUAACAGGCCAGGCAGGGAGUUCCAGGACCUGGUGCUGCGGUGUACUGAAGAAGAUCCAACAAGGAGGCCAAGCAUGGAAACAGUUAUAAAGAAAAUGGAAACAUUU